AUGUGGAUGCACAUGGCUGCAGUGGAGGAGGAGGAUAGUGUGUGUCAGCCAGACCUGGUAGCCUACCUGCUAGGUGCUUUGCUAGACAGUGCUGCAGUGGAGGAGGAGGAUAGUGUGUGUCAGCCAGACCUGGUAGCCUACCUGCUAGGUGCUUUGCUAGACAGUGUCAGUGAUGGUCCCAAUACUCCCAAUGUGGAUGCACAUGGUGUGUUGGAAUCUACUUCACGACUGAGAUCACUAGACUGGGACUCCCUCAACCCUGGAGACCAAGUGUUUACUCUGUUAGUCAAUCUCUACAACCUCAUGUGGCUGCAUGCUAUAAUCUUGCUGGAACUGUCUGGUGAGGGCUAUGGGCUUGUGUCUCAGUCUACGUCACUUCGGCAGCUCAGUGCUGCCAGGGUGGGCUACAUGGUAGGCAAAGACUGCUUCCUCUCUCUAGCACAGCUGCAUAGCAUGAUUGUCCCUCUACCUGCAACAGGAGCAAUGGCCAGGAUACCUCACUGCUCCAUGACUGUGUCCACAUCUAGUGACCCAAGGGCUCUCUUUCUAUUGGCCAGUCCUUACAAACUGUCUCCUGCAAUACAGGUCCUCCCCAGCCGAGGUAUGGACAGGGAGAUAGACUCUCGCAUGGCAGCGUAUAUUGAAGCCUCUGUGAGAACAGUGGACGGGUGUUUGGUGAUUCCUGCCAUUCUCCACCAUUACAUCGACCACAUCACCAACACUCAAGGCACUGAGAGUGAGUUUAGUUUGGAUGAUGUCAGCGAUUCGAGCAGAGAACAUGUUGGAGACUUUCUCAAGGACUUUCUUAAACUUGAAGACAUCACCGGAAAAGAUAUUAUAAUCAACAAAGAAAUCAGAUUGACCAUCAUCAAGACAUACCCUAACAACAUUCUAGAAACAGAAAAAUGUAAACGAAAGACCAAUGACAACUGGAAGUCAAAAGACACGAGGCAAGAAAUUUUAAAGUACCUAGCGGCCAGAAAUCCUUUAUUAGGAUUGGUCGUAGAAAAAAUUCACUGCAUAGAACCUUGUGUAGAAGGUGUUAAAAGUGUGAUGAUAACAACAGCACUUGACAGACAACUACAGACUCCGGGUGUCGGUGUUCUGGCAUCAUUGUAUGACAACAACAGUAUGCUAGUGACACUCAAGUCAGUACUGGACAGAGAGAGGUUGUGGUUGUGGCUGGAUAUGAUGGCUCAACAACAAGACUGGUCAACUUGUCUGGACAGUCUGUUUCUCAUACCAGAGAAGCAAUUCAAUAGUGACUCUCGCUUUGGGGACUUCCAAUGUUGGCUGUUGGAACAGCUUUGUUGUGCUCAAGAUGGGUGGAGGUACUGCCAGAACAUCAAGGACCCAGUGAGGUUGUAUGAGCUAAUCAUGGCCAACAAGGAUCUGUGGAGUCUUGAGGGAACACUGACUGAACUACAGGUGUUGUUGUCUAUUGACAUUUCCUCUCUGUCUCACACAGACGUGACCAAGGCUAAGCAGCUGGAGACUAGUGUUCGCACCACUUUAAGUGUGAGGAAAGUGUGUGCGUUGAGUUGCUUGGAAGAUGUGUGGGCCGUGCUUGAGGAGCUUCUCAACAGCCACCAAGUACAUCUCGGCCUGCAGUGGUUUCAGCAAAGGAACAUGAUACAAGCAGAGCACUCCUCACACUCUCUACUGCUGAUUGGACAACUGGUGCUGGAGUUGCUAGAGACAGGUGAGGAGGGAGAGGCAGAGAAGUUGAUGAGGGAGUUACCGAGUGACCAAGCUUGCAGGAUAGCAGAGUCACUGUUGUGUCGGGCACAGAGUGUCAGUUCUCUGCAGCAUCUGGUUGCCUUUCUGCAGAAAUUGGGAGGCACUGCAGCACAGGCAUUACGCUACCAUUAUCUGCAUUUGGGCGUGGUCAUGCUCACUCACAUACCCUGGCAAACUCAGGAAAGCUACCGAUGUCUCAUUAGCCAACCGGAGUUGUUGGUGGAACAGUUGCUUAUGUCUACCAGGAUAUCCACUCUAGAGGCAAUCCUACUCUCUCUCCACGAGGAGAUAUCAUCUCUGCCACCAGGGUCUCCACUGUCCCGCCCCUGUCUAGACGCUCUGCUGCGUCGCUACGCUGCAAAGGCAGUGCACGUGGGUGUCCGCACCAAAAUACUGCCCUCCAGGAGACAAUGUACGCCAGAGAUGACUGCUAAAUUUACUCCACCGGACAUUCCUCCGUCAAAAGAAGAAUGGGUAGGAAAUGAUGAGGUGACUGAGUGUAUGUGUUGCCAAGUGAGUGUGUUCUCCAUGUUCAACAGACGGCACCACUGUCGUAGAUGUGGUAGAGUCGUGUGUGGUAUCUGCUCUCCCCACCGCUUCAAGGUUUCUGGAUACGGAAAUGUCAAAGUGAGGAUCUGUAAUGACUGUUAUGACUACAUUUUACCAAAAACUGCCCAGCCAGAGCUGAUGGGUGGGAGGUCACGUACAGAGAGUAGAGACAGUGAGCCAGAGUGGUUGUUGACUACAGAUCUUAUCUACAACUACACAGUAAGGGAAGAGUUUACCUACACUCAUGCUCCCAGUGUGUCCUUGUGUCUUUCCAUUCUCAAACUUCACUCUGAGCACUCAUCUUUACUGAGGUUCCUUUUCACCACCAUUGAGUCCAUGCUUCAGCUGCUGCGACCCAUCAGUCCAGGCACUGUCAACCCAGAAGUUGAUUACUCUCUUCUUGUUACCAUGAUCAGGUCAUUGAUGGAGUUUGCCAAGCUGAGUUGUUCACAGUAUGGUAGCUCAUCCGACUGGGCCACUGUGGAUGGGCUCUUUGCUGAGGUAGACUUGCUGGGUAUGUUGGUAGCCUCACCCCAGACUUGUGCACUGUUGCCAACAGAGCCGCUACGUGGUCAGAGUGCUCUAGCCUCACUGCGAGAGAACCUGCUCAGGUCAGAGUUGUGGACCCUUGCAUUUGAGGUGUCUACCAAAGCUGGCCUGGACUACAACAGUGUAUGGCUGGCCUGGGGCAAGGCUUGCCUCAAAGCUGGGGCCUGGACUGAUGCAAGGGAUAAGUUUGCUCACUGUAGCCCUCAUAAGAAGGAUACUCAAAUGCUUGCUGAUAUUCUUCAGAUUCUUCAGGACAAUCCCCAAAUCACAGACCUGAGGAGUCGUUUGGCCAGACUGAAGGCUUUGUCCACCAAACCUGAUGCUCUACUGUCAAGCUACUCACUAGAACCUCGGGUGUACGGCGAGUGUUUGUACUACCUCCGAACUUACGGCAGUCACGCUUCCACACUUGCCUUUCAUCUUAAUCAGAAUGACAUCAAAUCGGCAGUCUGUGUGCUACUAGAGUAUCCUGUAGAUACUCAAGUCUACUUAGACAGCUUGUUCCUCCCAGCACUACACACUGCUAGAGUAACUCAACUAUACGACAGCAUGUCAGAAAUUGACAAAUCUCUUCUUGUUUUUAAGGACUACCUGCGUGCGUCUUGUGCGUACUGUGAGCGCCAGCAACUCUACCAUGUGCUCUACCAAGCACAAGUGUGGAUGAAUGACCAUGUACGAGCUGCUCUCACCUGUAUUCACUUUUUUAAACACAAUACUCGCAACUACCAAGACUUAGCUAACCACAAGGGCCAUCUAUACUCUUCCUUAGGCCAUCUAGAGGUAGCUCUCAAAUAUAAACCUGACAGCAAGACUCCCCUGGUGAUGCAGCUGCCCAGGUCGCAGAUUGUCCGCUACAUAGCCACCAUCAGACUACAGGUGGAGGUGAUUCAGUUCCUAGCCUUGGAGUGUCCAGAUGCUGCUCCUCUCACACUGUUCAGCUCACAAUCACAGAGGGUCAGUCUGGCGACCUUAGUGCUUACUGCUUCUACAGACUUAGAGAAAGGCUUUGCAAUGGCUGCCAGAGUGGCAGAUGAUUGGCAGGUAGACAAGGCCUCAGUUGUAUGUCCGGCCGCUGCACAGCUGGCUCGCACUGGUCGCACUUCAGACAUCCUCAAGUUAGUGGCACUGCUGGAGGGUGAGACAUCACUGUGUAAUCAACUGUUGAUAGCUGCUCUCAAAGAAGAUCUCUCUAAACCAGACACAGACUCUGUGAUCAAACUUAUCACUGAUGUUCCAUCUAAAAUAACAGCUCUGAUAGAGUGUGGGCUGCUGAAGAGCGCAAAUAUACUGGCAAUACGAUAUGGCAGACUGGAUGAUGUAAAGAGGAUCUUGGCGGUGGCUGAGCAACAGAACCGUCAGGACGUCAUACAGUUAUGUCGUAAACAGCUCAACCUACCUGAGGACCAAAUGCAUAUGUGAUAGUUCAACUAUACAGAGUGUUUUGAAACUCUCUCCCAAAACUCCUUGGUCAUGUUCCUUAGGUCAAAACAAACAAAAAAUAUCAUAAAACAUAUGCCAUAUCUUGCUUUGUUUUCCUUCUGUCGGUGUGUAGCCUAUGUAUUUUUUACGUAAUUUCCCAUAAAUUUGGAACCACAUUAGAAUCCAACUUCAAACUUGGUACGUGCAUGAUGACUAAAAUGAACUAUUCUUUUUUAGCAAAGCAUCAAGUUUCUGCUUUGUAUAAUUUAUAGUGAUCAUUUUAAUUUUUCAAAGCUUAAUAACUCAAAAACUAAAAAACCAUGGUUUAUAAAAAAAAGUUACAAAAGACAAAAAGGAUGGGAAUUUAAUUCGCAUUACACAGAUGUAUAUUUUUAUAGGGUCAUAACACAAAUGACAAAAAAAAGAAAGUUUUCUGAAGUUAAAACUAAAAAAUGUAGGCAAAUUCAAUAAAUUACCAGGUACUAUACCUUUAUACAAAUAAUAUUUUCUCUGUUAUUUGUGUUAUGAUCCUAUAAAAAUUGUACAUUUCUGUAACGUGAAUUAAAUUUCCAUCCUUUUUGUCAUUUGUAACUUUUUUAUAAGUCCUAUGGUUUUUGAGUUUUGAAAAAUUAAAAUGGCUGCUAUUUUGAAAUUAUACAAAGUAGAAACUUGAUAGUUCCCUUUAGUCAUCUUACACGCACCAAUUUUGAAGUUGACACCUCAAGUGUUUCCAAAGUUAUGGGAAGUCAUGUAAAAAAAAAAUACAUACACACUGACAGACGGAAGACGAAGCGAGAUAGGGCAUAUGUUAAUGUGAUAUAUGUAUAUUAUUUUUGACCUAAGGAACACGCCCAUUGAGUUUUUCGAAACACCCUGUAUAUGUCUUUACAAAUUCAGCUAUUUCAGAUAGACCCCUUUGUCUUUCAGAUAAACCCCUACAAAGGUCUAUGUUUUCAGAUAACUAUCCAAACUUUCAUUACUUAGGCAAAGCCAUUUUUUUUUACUUUGGUUAUCCCAUCAGCGUAGUUAUUUAAGUGCUUGUUGAAACCAUUUUUUCCAAGUAAAAUAGUUUUCCAAAAUUUAAAUAAAGUUAAUCCUAAUAUUAAAAAAAAUUAGCAUUGGAUCAGUAUUUUAAAAACUUUGGCUUGUACUUUCAAAAGUCCACCCUUUUUUUUAAUCUAGAUUCCCUUCAGUAGGCCUAAUAAAAGUGUAUUAGGUCUGCAUAUUGCUAAGCUGCAUCACAAUGGUGCUUUUUAUUCACAGUGGUUAAGUAUUGACUAAGCUUACAAGAAUUAAACAUAGACAGCAUUUAACAUAAUAUUGCCCCCUGACAACUUGUGCUUACCACUACAGUAUAAGUACUGUAUCUAACUCUUUUCCAACAAGAAAAGAUACCUUGUGCAAAAAUCUCAUUCUUUUUCAAAUUCCCCAAACAGUUUUCAACUCUUAUUUAUGGAAAGGUUGAUUUCCUGGCUUUUUGUAGUGUUAUGUAUAUGUUGGGUUAUGUUGAUUUUUUGAUUUAUUUUAUUCUAUACCGGUACUGUACUGUAGUGACCAUCUGUCACUGUGUUAAAGAAUACCAGUACACACUCUGCCUCUCUGAUCAAAUGUGAACCCUUUAUAGCUUGAUUAAUCCUUAACUUAGUUAAAAAAACCACAGUCUAGAUCAGUAAUUGCAAAAAAUAUUUGUUUAAGAUCAUUUACUAGUUAUUUUCUGAUCUUCUAGGCCUAGUGUCUCCUCCCUUCCCCACUGUUGACUUCCAUCUGUGCCCUUCUCACAACUCUGGGCAGAUUCCUUUUCUUGUAGAAUUAUUUUGCGGAUUUCAAUUAGAGUAUAGGAAAUAUUAUACCUGAUGAUUUUACUCACUGACAGAAAAAGAUAAGGUUUAUUGUUAGUUUAUUAGUUCCGCUUAAAAAUCCAUGUUGAAGAAGGAUGAGUGUCUCUGGAUGCUGAGUUCCUCUUGAAUGAGGCCGGGUAAUCAGUCCAGGACUUAAUUCAAGUGAAAAGAAAUAUUUAUAAUUUAAAAACAUAGAGCUUAUGCUGGUGUUUAAAAAUCUGUUAUGCUCCCUUUUGGUAAAAAUGACUUUAAAAAAGUUAAACGUAAACCAUAUAUUUUAUUUUUAUAUUUUGUUGUGCAAUUUGUAAUAAAAAUGUAUUUGUAUUUUUAUUUUCAGGUAGACAUAUAAAUCUUUAUAAUGUUUUUGCAGAUAUAAUCAGGCCCUUAUUCUAAAAUCAUUCCAAGGGUCAUUAAAGUAAUAUUCAAUUUAUGUCGUAGUUUUACCAAAUAAAAUAAUGAUAUUUAUCUACUAUAUGUACAUUCAAUAUUGGGAUUACAUUUUUUAUAUAGUUUA